UUGCUGUUUUAUCCAAUGCAGGAGUUGAGAAUCUUAGUCGACUAUGACGAUAAUGGUUACCUGCUACAGAUCUUCACUAAACCUGUGCAGGACAGACCCACGCUCUUCCUGGAGGUCAUCCAGAGGAACAACCACUUUGGGUUUGGAGCUGGAAACUUCAAAUCUCUGUUCGAAGCCAUUGAGAAGGACCAGGACGCCAGAGGAAACCUCACAGUCCUCACACCGGAGAACCAGGGCGUCCCAAAGGCCUUUUACUAACACACACAGCUGCAGAAAGGUGAUUUACUCAAGCCUCGUGCUGGAGUGAAAUAAUAAUAUGACACCAUCAGUUAACACCGAACGUCCACUGCAACAAUAAAGACAUAAGAACUGUA